AUGGAGUUGUUCUUAUCAUCAGAUUUGAAUUCAUAAUUUUUAACACUUUUGGUACAUUAUACUAGAUUGGUUUCAACAGGAAGAGUAAAACUUGUGGUGUUAUCAAAUUAAGCAUUAAAAUUAAAUGAGGAAGGCAUAAUAAAAAUUCCUUCUAUUCCAUCAUUGGUAACAGAGGAAGCUUAAAUUUUAACAAAUGUUUUCUCUAUUGCAUAGUAAUAAUAAAAAAUAAGAAUAAUAUAGAUACUUAACUAAUAUUUCAUUUACAGAAAGAAUACUGAUUGGCACAGAUAAUUAAACUUUAGGGCAAGUACAAUUUGAUGAUAAAAUGAUAGGUUUUAUAAGUUUUUGAAGCAUAAAGAAAAAUAUAAGGAGAAGAUUUAAUUGAAGUAUUAAUAGUGUUAAAUUUAGGCAUUUCUCAAACAUUUAGAAAGCAGAGUAUUUUUUGUUACUAAUCAUGUAACAUUAGCAGAUUUAUUUCUAUAUAUUCACACAUAUGAUAUUGUAUCUACAUGGAAUGAUGAACAAAAAGCUGGAAAGUAUGUACAUUUCUUUAGAUGGUAUAAAAUUUGAUAUAUAAUAAAUAGGUUUAAGUAAGUUCAAGCUUUACCACAAAUAUCUGAAAUAAACAGAACUUUAGGUAGAGUUGAUGUGAAACCAGCAUCUCCUUUUGUUGAUACUUAAUCAAUUGGUAAAUAGAAAAAGCAGAAAUGAG